GUUGAACGACUCGAUCGAGAAACGACAGUAAGCCAGUCGAUCAGCGACAAGCAUGGGGAGAGCACGUGUCAUUUAUAUUGUUGCGCACAACUCGGCAAGCUUAUACGUCGACUCGCACGAUUAUACCACCACCCCUACCGACUUUUUCACCAGUGAAAUGAACGUAGUCGGUAACGCCACUAGCGUUGUAACAACCACCGAGAAAAAGACAUCAGUUUCUUCUUCUGUAGAGGUGGUUGAUAGUUCGAAAUUUGUAGUACCAUCGCGUACACCGAAUACAGUGCCCGCGAAUGCUAAGUACAUCAGCGUACGCCGUCGGCCUGUUACGAUGCUACUCGCGGUGAUCGCGCUCCUCUGUGCCGGUAGCAGUGCCGAGGUGUUCACUAACACGUUUCUCGUGAAGAUGAGGCAGCCCGCGGAAAGACAUAUCGCCGAUCGCGUGGCUGCUAGGAAUGGAUUCGUUAAUCUUGGACCGAUAUUGGGCAGUCAGACGGAAUAUCACUUCGUGCACAAAGCUCUACCGCACGCACGGAGCAAGAGAUCCGUGCCCCACAUGAGAAGAUUGAAGGUGGAUCCUUUGGUGCACACAGCCGUGCAGCAGCCUGGUUUCAAGAGGGUGAAGAGAGGUUACAAGCCUCUCAGCGUGGAUAAUCUGGUGCCCCUCUAUCAGAUUAAAAAUCCAUCGAAUCCUGGCAACAGAGACCCGUCUGAUCCUUAUUUUCAAUAUCAAUGGUACUUGAAAAACACCGGCCAAAAUGGCGGGAAACCGAAGCUGGACUUGAACGUAAAAGCAGCCUGGGCUCAAGGUGUCACCGGGAAAAAUGUGACCACGGCUAUAAUGGACGAUGGGGUCGAUUACAUGCAUCCGGAUUUGAAAUAUAAUUACAACACGAAAGCCUCUUACGACUUCAGCAGCAAUGACCCUUACCCUUAUCCGAGAUACACCGAUGAUUGGUUCAAUAGCCAUGGAACCAGAUGUGCCGGCGAGGUAGCGGCGGCCCGGGACAACGGCGUGUGCGGCGUGGGCGUAGCUUACGACUCGAAAGUAGCCGGGAUCCGAAUGUUGGAUCAGCCUUACAUGACCGACCUGAUCGAGGCCAACAGCAUGGGCCACGAACCUGACCUCAUAGACAUUUAUAGCGCCUCAUGGGGGCCGACCGACGACGGGAAAACCGUGGACGGGCCGCGAAAUGCGACCAUGAGGGCCAUCGUGCGCGGCGUUAACGAGGGUCGAAGAGGAUUGGGCAACAUCUACGUGUGGGCCUCUGGCGACGGUGGCGAGGAGGACGAUUGCAACUGCGACGGUUAUGCGGCCAGUAUGUGGACCGUCAGUAUUAAUAGCGCCAUCAACGAUGGGCAAAACGCUCAUUACGACGAGAGCUGUUCGAGCACCCUGGCUUCGACGUUCAGCAAUGGUGCCAAGGAUCCCAAUAUUGGAGUGGCCACCACCGAUCUCUACGGCAAAUGCACGACGACGCACAGUGGAACGUCAGCCGCCGCGCCGGAAGCCGCAGGAGUGUUUGCCCUCGCCCUUGAGGCCAACCCACAAUUGACCUGGCGCGAUAUUCAACAUCUGACGGUUUUAACUUCGAAGAGGAAUUCAUUGUUCGACGCGAAAGGAAGAUUUCAUUGGACGAUGAACGGGGUCGGUCUCGAAUUCAAUCAUCUGUUCGGUUACGGCGUAUUGGAUGCCGGUGCAAUGGUCGCUUUGGCAAAGAAAUGGAAAACUGUGCCACCACGGUAUCAUUGCGAGGCUGGUUCCGUGCUCGAAACUCAGGAAGUGACGAGCGAUCGAUCGAUCUUGUUGAAAAUAAAGACUGAUGCCUGCGCGGGGACCGAGUACGCUGUCAACUAUCUGGAACACGUACAGGCCGUCAUUUCCGUGAACGCUACGCGGCGUGGCGAUUUGGAACUGUUUCUAACCUCCCCCAUGGGUACCAGAUCGAUGAUUCUGAGCCGGAGAAUAAACGACGACGACCACAGAGACGGUUUCACGAAAUGGCCUUUCAUGACUACUCAUACUUGGGGAGAGUAUCCUCAAGGGAAUUGGUUGUUGGAGGUGAGCUUCAAUACUCAAACACCUCAACACGGAUGGAUCAGAGAGUGGACCCUGAUGCUGCACGGCACCAGAGAGCCGCCUUACACCGGGCUUCCGGCAGCGGAUCCACAUUCGAAAUUGGCGAUCGUGAAGAAAGCGCACGAGGAACGAUCGUCGGCUAUGUAACGAACAAGACCACGAAGAAGACCCUAGAUACAUUCAUAUCGAGAGAUGUUCACGCGUCUACUAGUCUUAUUGUUUAAGGAUCUCAUUUUUACGAGCGACAAGAGAAAUAUUCGAAGUUGUCGAAGCUGUCUUUUCGUAAUAGUUGAUUAACCCGUAGUAGAAGAAGAAGAAGAAGAACAAGAAGAAGAAGCUUUAUGCACGAUGCUCGACAAUUCUGAUCUUCGGAUAAUUUCUGUGCAGUUACAUUCGAAUUUUUGCAGACUGCUGCGUUCUUUACGUACGAUUCCUGUGAUAUCGCGUGCUAUUUAUUUUUUUCGUACUAUUUUUAUUUAUUUUUUUUUUAGCUAUACGGCUAUACAGCUUAUCGUUUUAAUUUUCUCGUUUUUACGAUAAAUUAUAUUAUUUAUAUAUGAUUUAGAUAAGAAACGUUGUUGACUUGUUGUCAGAGAAAAAUCGUGUUUUUAGUCUCGCAUGUCGAUAAUUCUUCUCGAUAAUUUUUCUCUAUUUAAUUUUUAAUUUUACUUAUGAUCAUUAUACCGCGAUUUUCAUCCAGCAUGAAAAUUAAUCUCAGAGAAAAACAGAAUAUAAGCGAUUCGCGUUUGCAAAUCGUUAUUCGCGUGAGCAUUCGAGAAACCUAUACGAACCUAUACAAAGUUUGAAGGGAAACUGACGAUUUCAGUUUUAUUCCACGCGACAACUCCUAUCAAUGAAUAAUAAACAGAGAGAAAGAAGAAGCGAAGGGAAAAAAAUAUAACGAAAGAUAUCGCCAUCUAAGAAAUGCUAACGCCAAAACAGUCUCAGUUGGGAACAAUAAUCAUUCGGAAUUAUUCUCACAACUCGACGACGAGCCCGUCCGUCUCGUACCAAUUUAACCAUUGAAUUCGUAUAUAGUUGAGUUUUUAACGCGUGUCGAGUUGGGAGGGGAAAUAUCAAAACAGAGAGCAGAGGGAAGGGAAUAGAAUUUGGUGGUAGUCCACGCGUGCCAACGUUUGUGAUUCAUCGAUUUAGAAGAUACUUUCAGGAGGAACCGUUACGAAAGUUUCGCGAAAGAGGAUACGAUGAACUUUUUGUAUAUCGAUUGAUAUUAGUUCCUUAUUAUACGAGUGUAAAUAUAUAAACAUGCAUAGAUUUCUCGAGGAAUGAAACGUUGCAUCGAAGCUUGAUCUUUCCAAAUUUGCGCAGAGUUUUAAGGGAGGAUAGAAAAAGAAAUUAACCAAAUUAUAACAAAUCAUCAUCGAUUUAAUCUCUACGAUUCCAGAAGAUUUUCCAACAAAGACAAAGAAUUCGAGAAGUAAUCGUAUGAUUCUCUUUUACCAAAAAUAUCGUAAAAGAUUUUGGACACGAUUUACGUGUAAUAUAUACGUUCACCGAUUCUGACGCGUCACGCGUUUUUUUCUGUCUCUAAGAAUUCGUAGCGUGAAACUUUCCCCGAAAAGAAUCAGUAUUCACCCUUGAACUUACAUAUCCACGCGUAUCCACCAUGAUCCCUCGAACACGACGCACAAUUGUAUUUCAGAUAAUAAGGACGAUUUUUUACCAAAAUUUGUCGAUUCGCGAGCUCACUUGACUCGAAGAAAAGAAAAGAAAAGAAAAAAAAAAGAAAAAAAAAGAGAAAAAAAAACAAAUAAAUAAAAUAAAUAAACGACCACGAUAAAACACAUACAUAUGUAUAUGUAUAACAGUAGCGAGUCAAAAAGACUUCUCUCCUGCCCCCUCCCCCUCCGAUUCAGUAUUCAAAAUUUGUAAAAAGAAACACGUUGCAAAGGAACGUGUGCGUGUAGAAUCAAGAGUGCACGUUUAAUUUAAUCCACGUUCGCACGCAUGGACUAUUCGAGGCAAUGUUCGAUCGAUCCACGUGUUCCCUCUUUGAUCUCCAUAUCAUAUCUCGGUUUGUAUCUCUUAUCUUAUUAAACGAGGGCAAAAUUCGAAUACGAAACGGAUAUAUAUUUAUCAAGGGGGUUCCCGAAACUUAGCCUCCCCCCCCUUACGUUUUUCGCUUGCAUUGUACUGCUCGCCCUACGUGAUCUAAUAUCAUUAGUCCAUGCACUUUUGUAAGAAAAGAAAAGAAAAGAAAAAAAAUGAGAUUGUUCCGCCGGAAAUCGUAUCCACGAGAUGUUCCCCCCGACUUCAGACAGAUAUUUCGCGGAGAUGUAACGAGUAACCGACCGAGAUCCGUCGUCAGUAUUAGAGGAUUGAUUGAUCGACCGAGGAAACUUCGUUCGAGAAGUUUCCAUUUAUUGUUAUUAUUAUUAUUAUUAUUUGAUUAAGCCCCUUGUCGGGAUUAGAUUAAUUUCACAUCUAUAUUUCGCAUAUUGCAUCGUAUAGGAAAGACUCGAUGGCGCGAUUGGGAAUCCAAAACCUCGUGCUUUUCUUCAAGAGUUGCAAGAGGCCUCCCAAUUUCGCGGGACGAGAGUCUUUCGCGAGAAUAACGUUCCAAUAUAUUUACACGAUCUCCGCGUGUGCCCGAGAGCCACUUUCGUUUAUCCUAGAAAGAAUACAUGUAUUUUUCAGCAAAUUGAUCGAUUGACGCGUAGAAUGAGACUAAUCGAGAGAGAGAGAGAGAGAGAAUAAUUUGGAAAUUGGUUUCGCUGUUGUGAAUGAGCGAGCGAAUUUUUAGCGAGAAAUAUGGAAGGAUACUUGGCCCGUGCUCGCCGCGCUGCAUAUUAAUUAUAUUCUACUCGAAGAAUUUUAGAUUUCUCGAUCUUGCGAAUGGGAGGAAAGCGAGGGGAUAAAGAGAUUGGGUAAAAGGGGGAUAGAAAGAAGAGUGUGUUAUAGGAAAUAGAGAAAGAGAGAGAAAGAGAAAAAAAUAUAUAUAUAUAUAUAUAUAAAAAGAAAAGAUAAAGACGUGUAGAUAUUCUAGAUACUAGAUAUUCUAGAUAUUCGGGGAGAUUUGCGCAUUAAACAUUGAGAGAAAGAAGAAAAAAAAGAAAAAAAUCAAGAGAAAAUAUACAUAUUAUAUAUAUAUAUAGUUGAAGUGAAUUUAAUCAACCUUAUUCUGUACGUGAUGUACGUGGAUGAAUAAAAUCUUUAUUUUUUGGCCUG